AGCCUUAAACUUAAUAUUUAGUUAAUAAGAAUCCGUGUAACAUUUGGCGUGCGUGUUGAAACGCAAAUUUUGCAAAUAUUUGCGUCUAACCUACCAUUAAGUUGAUUAAUAUUUCCCCAUCGACGAAUAUCAGCUAUAGAAAGCGGAAUUAUGCAAGAGGUCAAUGUGUUCGGUUCCCUGCUUUUGUCGUGAAACAUUAAAAAACGUAAAUGUAACACUCCAAAAAAGGAAAUUGGGUAAUGUCCUUCUGGAAGUGUAAAAAAAUUAAAUUUCAUUCAUUAAAAAAAGAGAAAGUGGCAAAUUGCAGAUGGACACCAUUGAUUACCACCACUAUGACCACAUUAGAUAAUUCAUACCUGUAUAAUGCAGACGGGUUCCAGUAAGAAUAAUUGUAAAAUGUUGAUCUACAAGCUAGUGUGUGUCUACUUCAUUUCGGUAGGACAAGAUGUAAGUUGUAGACGAGUGAACAAGAAUGACGGCCUUAAAUCAAAAAGGAUCUCAGUGCAGCAAAUUCGAAGGGCGGAUCAGAUUUGCUACGACAUUGUAGGGUGUUUCGAUUUGCCGCGUAAAUUCUCUCCCUUGCACAAGGGACCUGAAAGUCCAGCCGUUAUCAAUACCAAAUUCUUCCUCUUUCGCAACGAUUUAAAGUUUUCCACUCCACAAAGACUCUACUACGAGGAUAAUGGUCGAACGCUCAAUCAGUCCAAGUUCAAUGCCAGCGAGCACGUGAAGGUAAUCGUUCAUGGGUAUUUGGGCAGCUGGAGGGAUGGCGGGGGGCUGGCCGGGGCGAAACUGUACACGCAACUGUGUAAAUGCAAUGUCAUUUUACUGGAUUGGGAAAGAGGAGCGCGUGGACCGAACUAUGGAAAUGCCGCUGCCAAUACGGAAAUAGUGGGCCGUCAGUUGGGAAUAUUAUUACUGCAUAUGAUUAAUCAAGGAUUAGACCCUCACUAUAUCCAUAUUGUUGGAUUUUCUCUAGGGGCCCAUGUAGCGGGUUGCGCAUCAGAAGUGUUAAAAAGUAACGGUCUGAUGAUUGGAAGAAUUACAGGAUUAGACGCCGCCAGUCCACUAUUUCGCAAUAAUCACGUUAGGGCCAAAUCGAAAAAGUUGGAUAGAAGUGAUGCCCUCUUGGUUGACGCAGUACAUACAGAUUCGAGUCCGUUCUUUACAGACGGAUUCGGUCUCUUAGAGCCUAUUGGCCACGUAGAUUUUUUCCCCAACGGCGGAUUUGAACAACCCGGUUGUUCCGAUAGGACGGCUUCCGUAGUCGUAACACAUUUAGAAAAAACGCUAACAAGGGAGACUGCUUGCAGUCACGUACGCGCCUGGGAGUUGUUUAGGGAAAGUUUGGAAAUACAACUGAAACAAGCGCCAUCUUGUUCGUUUGUGGCUUAUAAAUGUAGAGGAGGACUGGAGGAAUAUCGUCAAGGGGAGUGCUUUCCGUCAAUGGACAACGGCGGGUUUGGGAGUAAUAACGAUAUAGGAAAAAUGGGGGAGUAUGUACAAGGAGAUGGAAUUAUGUAUUUAGCUACGAAAAAUAAAUAUCCAUUCUGCGGAACCCAGAUGCAAGUGGGUAUUUUCCUGACGAAUGCUACCCAGAGUUUAAAUGGGAUGGUGCACUGCAAUUUGCGCCAAGGAAAUAGCAGUAUCAAUUUUAAAAUCCCUAUGGGAAACGGGCCUAGCACACUCUAUGGAUUAUCCGUGAUGGAACCGGUGGCCAUGAAUCACGAUCAAAAAGUGAAGGGAUCUAUUGCGUAUUAUCAAAAUCCGAAUGAAAAGCAAAACGGAACAGAUGCCCCAAAACAACCAAUGUUAGCGUACAAAGUGACACUGAGGGAUACAAACGGCAAUAGUUGGAGUAUGUGCACGAAUGAUGUACAAUUACAAGCGAAACCUACCCAUCUAACACUAAACUCUGGAAGUUGUUAGGACACUAUAUUGGCAAUUAUCCUUAUUGUGUUUAAAUUUAUAAUUUAAAUCAAAUUAUAUAUAGAUAGUAGGUGGUUAGAAGAAAUGAAAACGAGUGUGAUUGUCGCAUCAUACGUUAGGUAUAUUGUAUAGUUGUACCUAGUGCCUAGGGCUGUUCAUGUAGCUAAUGGAAUCAAAUGCAUCAAAAUAUAAAAAAAACGGUUAUAAGAG